GUUAGAUGAUUUAGCACAACAUGCGUGCGCAUAUAUAUGUACAUACAUAAAUACCCAAAAUUAUGUUAUCAACAAAUUAACUGCUGAUAUGCAUCAACUGGCAAUUAAUGAUUGGUUGACACCAUCGCUGGCAGAAAGGUCGUUGAAUUUUAUGCGUCAUAUCAGCGCAAGUAAACUGGGGCAACGUUUAUUUUAGUCACUGAAACAAGUUCAAGCUGAACAUAACGCGAAAAUACGUACAGGUAUACAUACAUACAUCAUUACUAAAAUCACGCAACCCCACUACAAUUGUGGAUGCUUGGGGGCCAAGAAUUUCGCACAGCGACACCAAAUCAAAACAGAUUUUGAUAAACGACAUGUAAAUGUUGAGACCAACGAAUAAAUCAUCAUACAUUCGUGUUGGUGAAGGAAGAAAUGCAGCGUCGAGGCAUCGAUUUUGCCGCUAUUGAGGCAUCCGCUGAGGCCUAUGAAGUUAUUGAUACAUUUGCUGUACAGCGUAGAUCCAUUGCAGGCAGUGAUGGAGCGGAUGGUGGACAGCGUGGUUAUGAGAUGGUGGAUAAUUUUGAUGACAUCGAAGUGCUUAGCGGCGAUGAAAUUGAUAAAAAUAACAAAUAGACGACAAAUGGAUCGCCUGGUGGCUUUGAUGGAACAGAAUCGUGAGAUUGCAAGAGGCAAGCUACCCUGCGGGUCAAGUCGCCAGGAUGUCAAGGAGACUUGGGAGCAAUUCGCUGUUGAAUUGAAUAACCUUGGGCCACCCACAAGAACGGCACCAGAAUGGCAACGGGUCUGGAUUCACUGCAAAGCCAAGUUAAAAAGAAAGUUGUCAAUCGGCGGUGGACCAUCCCAAGUAAAUUUGACAGCUACAGAGGAAAGAGUGCAUGAGCUGACUCGCGUCAAUCCUUUCGAGAGUGCGUUUAGUUUAGAUGUUGCUAAUGACGCUUAUGAAGACACCUCAACAAAUUCAGUUGUUGAGUCACCAAUAAUAAAAAUAACAAACAAAGAGCAAUUUGACCUCCUGGUGGCUUUGAUGGAACAGAAUCUCGAUAUUGCAAGAGGCAAGCGACCCUAUGGGUCAAGUCGCCAGGAUGUCAAGGAGACUUGGGAGCAAUUCGCUGUUCAAUUAAAUAACCUUGGGCCACCCACAAGAACGGGGCCAGAAUGGCUACGAGUUUGGAUUCACCACAAGGCCAAGUUAAAAAGAAAGUUGGCAACCGGUGGUGGGCCAUCGCAAGAAGUAAGAAGAGUGUAUGAGUUGACUCAUGUCGAUCCUUUCGAGAGUGUGUUUGGUUUCGAAGUUGCUAAUGGUACUCAUGAAAGCAACUCUGUAAAUUCAGAUAUUGAGUCGCCAGUUGUUGAAGUUGCAACGCCCUCUCCCAAGCAAGAAAGCCCCGAUAUGGGAGAAGCAAAACUGGUUUUGCUUGAAAAGCAGGCAGAAACACAAAAUGAAAUUCUCCAAACCCUGAAACAAAUUGAAAACAUAAAAUACAAAGAGUAUCUGUUAAAGAAACAAAAACUGGAAGUUAUUGAAAAAAGUGAAGAGAGGAAAAGUGUCCUUAGAGAACUAAAGAUAAAAAUAGCGCAAGCAAAACUAAAAAAGCUCGAGGAAUGAGUGUAAAUAUAUUUACUUUUUAGCAGCGUGAAAACUGAAUAUUUUUUUAGUGAUCAUGCAUGAUACAAUUUACCAUGUACCAUGGUGAUCAUGGUGAAAGUAUAACAGGUGAAAUAAUUAUUUGAAAAUUUUACUAUAAGGACGCCGAAUGUCAGAAAAUGAAGCAAGAAAUCUGUUUUAUCACUUCACGUGUUCAUUGCGCCA